AUGGAAUCGGAAAACGGACCGCGGCUGAACAUGAAACACGGAUUUAUAAAGUCCAUUGUCAAGAACCAAAUUGAUCGGGAUGAGUAUCACAAGCACAUGGAGGAGAAGCGCCAAUUGAUGCGGGAUCUGAUCGACCCGAAGAAAGAAGCCGCCAGGAAGUCGAAAUCGGCUACAGAGACUGCCCUCUACGUCCCGCCUCAUCUGCGUGUCAAAACUGAUACCAAAACUGAACCGGCGACCACGCCGAAUGAAAAAACAGAACUGGCCGCUAAGCCACAGAACGGCUCCCCAAGCGUGGUCGAAUCGGCCGAGGCGGAAAAGUUCCGCGAAAAGACGCGUGCCCGGUACAAGGAGCGGCUCUCCGACAUGCCCGAGCUGCCCGCUAGUCCAUCUACAUCAGGAUCUACCCAGAAAUCCGAUGCGUCAGUUGAUGCCGUGGCCGAGGUCCUUUUCCAUCUCUCGCUGAAGAGUGGAAACACAUUCAAGAUCGAGGUGCCGGUUACAACGGCGGAUAAUCCGGCGCGAUUGGCGAAGGAACUAACAAGGCGACAUGGCUGGACGGACAAACAGUGUCGACAACUGCGAACGACGAUCGAACGGGAGCUGGAGUCGCGAAAACCCCAAGAACCAGCCGCGAAAAGUGCCCCCGUCGGAGAUGUUGCCGUU